UUAAUAAAAUCAUCAUUGAAAUUUAAAAUUAUUCGAUUGCAAAAUGUCAACCCAUGUAAUCCCAGACCUUGAGAUAUUAGGGCUCCUCGGCUCAGGAAGUUUUGGAUAUGUUUUUGAAGCACAUGACAAGAACAGGAACCAGAAGGUCGCCCUCAAGAGAACCACGAAGGCAGGAGACUAUGUCAGCAGAGAGUACGAGAUCCUUGAAAUCCUUAAGGGAUGUCCUAAUUGUAUUCAAGUUCUAGACAUCUUCUAUACCAAGAAUGAAGAAGAUGAUAAGCUAGCACAAAAUCUUGUCUUUGAAUUUUGCAGUGAUAACUUAGAAUCAAUGAUGACAGAAAUCAAAACUCAGAAGGAAAUUUUCAGCAUGGAUAAAGUCCGUCACUACUCAUGGCAAAUUCUCAAUGGUCUCAAGCAUAUGCAUGAGCGUAGUGUAGUUCAUCGUGAUCUCAAGCCAGAGAAUGUUCUAGUAAAUGACGAUGACGAAGUGAAAAUAUGUGACUUUGGAUCAUCGAAAGUUCUAGAUCCUAAUGGAAAGAAUACCCCUUACAUAGUCAGUAGGUACUACAGAGCUCCAGAGCUGAUCCUAGGAGUAUCAAAUUAUACUGAGAAAAUCGAUAUCUGGGCUGUUGGAUGCAUAAUCGCAGAACUUCUCAUGCUCAAGCCAAUUUUUCCGGGAAAAACUGAAGGUAGUCAAUUCUUAGAGCAGAUGGCUAUCCUAGGUACGCCUACAGAGGAAGAGUAUAGACAAAUGGCUCCAAAUAUUCCUCCAACUACAAAGAAAUUACUUGACCAGAUAGAGCAUUUUAAGAGAAAAAAUAUUUGCGAUCUAAUCCCAUCGACUUAUCAUGAGCGGGAUAAGAAGAUCAUUGUCGACUUAAUUGAGAAGAUGCUUGCAUGGGAUCCAAAAGAGAGAAUCACAGCCGGAGAAGCAUUAGAGCACGAAUUCUUUACAAAUGAAGACCAAUAAAGUUCAUUGAGUUAAAAUCUUUACUUAAAAGUUGCUCUUAUCGUU